AUGCCCCCCGCAGAGUCAGAGGGUUUCUUCCGUCCCGAUAACCAACUCUUCAACGACAGCCCUCCAACCAACAACCCAAUCCCCGUGCCAGAACCAACCGGAAAAAAGAAAAAGAAGGGCAAAGAUAAGAAUGGAUCUAAAGCAAAAGAUACAUCAGCCAAAACGAUACCGCCCAUGGAAUCAAACGAUAUCCAAUUCUCACCACCCUCCCAAUCGGACCCCUCCUCAUACCCCGGAAAUGUCUUCACCCCGCCUGUCAUCAACCCCGCUGUGUCAUCAGUCUCGCCGGUGUUAGACGCGUUCGCCUCCAUCAACCACGUCGAAAGUGAGACCGCCACACGGACAGGAGCAUGGGCAAAGUCCGUUCCAUUCGGGAAGAGUCCUCCGACUGACCUACCUGAUCCUGGAUUCAGCAGCGGUUCGCCACUAAGUAUUCCGACCCCCUUCGAACGUCCAGGCUUUGGUAGUCACAUCUCCUCGUCAGCAUCUCCCCCACCGGCUAGGGCCAGGCCUACAAGUACAAGCUACGGACAGUACGGUAUUACGCCAUCGCCCCAUCUAUCUGUAGACCGACAGAAGCGCCAUUCUAUGAGCAGUCAUCUCCAAACACAGCCCCCAUUACCACAUCUCCCCCAGGCUCAUUUCUAUGGCGCGCCAGAAGUUGACCUUCCGACGCCGAAUCGACUCGGUGCGGAUAGUCAAUAUUCCUUCUGCGGUUGGGACACUAUAUCCGAACAGUCUUUAAAGUCGAGCAAGAUGGGAGGGCGAGUACUUGUAGUAGGGACCGACGGGGCACUCGAUGUCUUGGCGAUCGAAGAUCAGAGAGCUCGCACCGUGGGAAGCUUGACUGGGCUGAAUGGCCGCGUCUUGGAGGCCAAGAUCCUGUCAUACACCUCCAGAUAUGAUCCAUACGUCUCUUCGCGUCCCCAUGUAGCGGUUGUUCUACAUGGUCCCAUGGCUCAUAAAGAAGAAUCUGCAGAGACAUCUUCUGCCGGAUCCGAACAGAAUGAGAUCCUUCCGGGCUUGCCAGCGAGAUUGUCACCCAUUGAGCAAAGACCUCAGGGCAAGGAUGAAACUGUAUAUCAAACCAGUGUGGAGAUUUACUCCAUCAAGACCGGAGAGCAUAUCGCAAGCCUUUUCCAGAGCAAACCUGCUCCUUGUUUCGAUAACUAUCCAAACUUGUCACUAUUGGCACCAACCCCUGUCGGAAAUUUGAGAUUAUACACUACUCACAACUAUGUUGUUGUCGCUUGUGGCGUGAGCGGCGAAGUAUUCAUUUACGGGGUUGUGCAGUCCGCCGCUGGGUAUCAAUGUCUAGGCAAAACAUGGACCAGUAUUCAAACAAGAGAGUUCAGACGCUAUUCCACAUCAUCGAGCUCCACUGAUCCGGAUGGUUCUCAAAUUGAUGGACAGCACGGGACAGUUGUGGAAAGCCCUAUUAUGUCUGUGCAUGGGCGGUGGUUAGCUGUUGUUCCACCCGCAUCUACGGCAAGGGCUCCUCCUUCAGGAAAAGUACCUGCACACUUAAUCCACAAGAGAAUUUCUGGCAUUGAUACCCACAUACCCCCGUCAAAACCUGCUGUCAACUGCGCCACGGACUUGGGAGAAGGUGAAAGCUUAUUUGAUAAAGUUGCUCGAGGUGUAGCCCAGGAGCUCGUCAAAGGUGCUCGCUGGAUGGGAGAUCAAGGGCUUCAAGCGUGGAACAACUACUGGAACAAAGAUCAACAAGCACAGAAUGGCAACUCUCGUCGCUCUCCGCAGUUUGAUUCUCAGCAGGGAGCACAUGGCUUAUUCCCUCCUACCCACGGGCAGGAGACCGCGGGAACACUAUCUUCAGAGCCGGACCUAAUCUCGGUUUUUGACUUGAAGAAGAUGGAGGAGGGACACGAUCUGAAAGGACCCGCAUCCGCGAUUAUUGCUACUUUCCAACCUCCAAAUGGGUGCAGCUUUCUUUCGUUCGCGCCAAACGGACACAUGUUGCUAAGUGCCAGUCGGAAGGGCGAUGUGCAAUAUGUAUGGGAUCUCAUGCAAGCCAAGAAUUGCAGAUCUGCUGUCUUCCUGUCUGAUGAGCUGGCGAGCAACAGCGCUGCUACGGCUCAUGUGCGAUUGGUAGCCCGAUAUUCUCGUCUAACUACAUCGAAUAUUGUAGACGUAGUUUGGACCCAUCCAACUGGAGAGAGAUUUGCCGUAGUCACACGCAAAGGGACUGUACAUGUUUUUGAUGUUCCUCGACCCGCGUUUCAGUGGCCACCACUUCGACGAGUGCAAUCCAAGUCCAAGCGAAUUCAGCCUGAAGAAAAGCCAUCCGCAACGCCUGACCUAGAAGAAUCGGGAUCUUCGAGCCCAUUUGCUGCCGCCAUGAAACUCGUCGGAGGCUCAACCCAGCCCAUCCUUGCGGCAGUGAGAAGUCGAGCUCCGAGUGUUGGAGCCAACUUUUCGGCGACAUCUAGCUUUGGCAUUUCUUCUGCGGCUGGAAUUGGCGGUAAAGCGGUAGCGGCAGGAUUAAGCAAAUCGAUGGGUGCUGCGACUGGCACUGUCAAUACCUUACGUCAUGUGGGAGAGAACCGGUUGCAUCUGUCUGGCUUCUCUCGAGAUCCUGUGCCAUCUCGUGUGGUUUGGAUCCCUACUCGUAACGAGUGUUUAUUAGGCAUUGUGGACUAUGGCAUAUUCAAAUUGUACAAGAUCAAAUGUCAUACAGACAGACAAAAAGGACGACGACAACAGCCCGUGAUCGGCGCAAAAGUCCUUGAGCUUAAACUUCCAUCGUAUCUGCGGAACCCUUGCGGGCCAUUGCAGAUUGGUCUGCCUGCCGAUGGCCAUAUCAACGGAAACUGGUCAUUGCCUUCGCACGUGCCUCAUUCGUCUUCGGCUUCGAAAAUGAAGUAUCAGCCUUUGUCGCAAGCUGAGAUUGAGACCAACACUCCAUAUCAACCCUUCCAUACUGACCGGCGGGUCAAUUUGUAUGUUUUUACUGAUGCAGCCCCUGCUUCAGACUACACACAAGGACCUUGGGUAUUUGGAAAUGACAUUCCUAGUCAGCGGCUUCACGUGCGGCCACUCAACCAGAGUGAUGAAGAAGAAGAUGAGGUCAUGGACCGAUUGAGUGGUGCACCGGAGAUGGAGAACCUUAUCAGACUUGGAAAUAGCACAGAUCAGGUUGAAGAAGUUGUCAUCACGACAAGACGAAAGAAGAGAUAUGCGGACGUCCCAUCCAUUGCAUCACCAGGAGACGAUGAUGGCGGAUUUUUCGAGAAUGACUGCGAUAUUUUGGAUUUUGCACGAGACCGGGUCUGA